CUCUUAGGCAAAUGAGUGAUGUGCAGGGAAUUGUCCAGAAUGUUGCACGGAGGGAAUCUGAAGUACGACAGGUCCUUCGAUCGACAGAUGCUCGCGUUAUUUCGGCCUGCGCGAACUCGAUGCGGCUCGUAUGCGAUGUCCUCCGCCUGACGCCCUCCUUAAGAAUGGGCAUCCGCACCGUGGAUGACAGCUUGGGAGCAUUAAAGCGGAGCUUGGAAAUUGACAUUUGCAGUUGCGGCAUCCCCAGAGAGCUCGUGCAACUCGUCUCAUCUGUUCAAAAUGCUUAUAUAAUCUUUGUGGUCGACCCUGCUGAGGCUGGCCAGAGUUUGUUCGCCAACCAAUUGCUUGAUUGCCACGGUAUCAAAGUCGCAGAGAUGGGUCCACAUCGUUCAGAGCAUGUCAAAGCAUUGAGGUGCAACCUCGUGAACGGCCCAGUUAAUAUCGUAGUCGUCAAAAUACCGUUAUUCCAUUCGAACCGUGAAGAUCUCGAUCUCCAUACUGAGAAUGCGAUGAUUAGUUGGUUAAGCUUGUCCGAAAAAUGUCAUUCUGGAAUUCUCUUUCUCCACUCGCUCGAAUCGGAUCCGACAGAUGGCCAUACGUUGAUGAUACAGCGUUUCGAGUCGCUUAUCAAGCGCUUUUCUAGCCAAGCCACGGUUCCGUCCUGCGUUUAUGUGGUGCCGACUAUCAACUUGGGCUCGCUUCUUCCCGACGAAACGCUGAGCCAACAGUUGUCGCAGCUCAAGAAUACGAUAGGAGCGUUGAACUGCAACAGAAACAAUAAAUGGCAUGCAUCAAUAUUCCCCGAAGUCUACAAAGGCCAACCAGAAACAGCGUGGAGUGCGGCACUGUUGCUACUCAAAGAUAUAGCUGAAAUUCAGGCAAAAGUGACCACCCCCCUCCCGAAGGAACCUGCCUUGAAGCGCAUGCCCCUGCAACUCCCAGAUGGUCACUUAGCUCUGAAAGAUCUAGCCGAUCUCCUUUUCAGUAAUUUCAAGAGGAGAGAAAGGGUUGGUAAUUGCGGAGUAAUCACACUCGGGCGAACUGUACUGGAAUUGACUCCGCCGGACCACCUACAACGCCAUUCAGCUCUCAUCAGUCUCGCUGCUCUCCUAUUCGAACGGUUCCAGCGGGAAGGGACGAAGGAGGAUUUGGAUGAAACAAUCACACUGAAACGGGCUGCAUCGGAGUACAUUUCCUCAGACGAUCCGCAGAGACAAACAAUUCUUCUCGAACUCGAUGAUUGCCUUUAUGAACGCUUCAGGAGGAGUGAUUCCAUAGCAGACCUAGAGGAAAUCAUAUCGCUUCGUCGAGUUUUGUUGGAGCAUACUCCUACGCCGGAUCGCUGCAGGCCUCUUCUCAACCUCGCUAAUUCCCUUCACGGAAAGUUCCAAAAACAGGGAUCGAUAAGCGACAUAAAUGAGGCCAUUAACCUCGCCGAUGCCGCAUUGGGGCUGUGCCGUCCAGGACAUGCAGAUCAUGCAUUGUCUCAAAACCAUCUUGCGAGCUACCUCGAAACGAAGGUUAGCAAAGGCGCUGCCCGUGCUCAUGCGACAGUUGUUCCUUCAAAUUCCGGCUCCUCCGAUAUCAAGCAGUUCAUCAAGAAAGUUGUUUUCGAAACGCUUGAAAGCAUUCCACCACGUUUGUUGCAUGCGCGGUCUGGCAUCUUGUGUAACCGAGAUGCACAGCUAUCUCACUUCGAGCGUAGCCCUCAAUAUAGGCAGUUGCUAUUGUCAACGUCUCCACCUGGCAGCCAGCAACUCCGCACGGAGAUCAGUGAUGCGGUCCUAGAGUUCUUUGCUUUUUCCACGCUAUCUCACAGGUGGGGAAGUGGCGAGCCAUUACUACGCGAGAUUGAAGGUAAAAACAUCUAUGACUUGGGCGGUAAGGACGGUCGAGAAAAGCUCCAACGCUUUUGCAUUCUUGCUCUCCGGCGUGGCUUCCAGUGGGCUUGGAGUGAUACGUGUUGCAUCGACAAAGAUAGCAGCGCCGAGUUGCAGGAAGCGAUUGGGUCUAUGUUUUCAUGGUACCGCCGGUCGUCGCUGACGAUCGUGUACCUUUCCGAUGUCUUCGACGCUGGUUCGCUUGCAAACAGUGUCUGGUUCAGGCGAGGCUGGACACUUCAAGAACUGUUGGCUUCGCACGCCAUCCUCUUCUAUACGUAUGACUGGUCACUCUACACGAAGAGUGACACCGCGAACCAUAAAACAGACCCUACCGUACUCGAGGAGCUCCAGAAGGCAACGGGAGUAGCAGAACAGCACCUUACCAAUUUCUAUCCCGGCGUGGACGACGCGCGGACCAGGCUCCACUGGGCGUCAGGCCGUAGUACCACACGACCAGAAGAUAUUGCCUACUCCCUUUUUGGAAUCUUCAAGGUUCACUUACCAGUCCUCUAUGGCGAAUCUGUGGAGAAUGCGCUCGGACGUCUCCUGGCAGAGAUCAUCUCACGUUCCGGAGACAUUUCGGUUCUAGAUUGGGUUGGGGAGGCAUCAUCGUUCAAUAGCUGCUUCCCUGCCAAUCUCUUGCCGUACCAGACGGUACCUGAUAUCCAGGUGAUCCCCAGCAACCUUGCCAAACGCAAUGACCUGGGUCCUGGGAAAGGAAAAGGAAAAGAGCUGUACGAUAAACUUUCAGGGUUACCACGUGCCGGAUUUGCCAAUAGGAAGCUUGCCUUGCCCUCCACUGUCCAUCAAGUCACAGCGGUCAAGCUGCAGAGUUCCUCCACAAGUCCCUCACGUUACACAUACGAGAUUCACGCAUCGCGCCUAAGACCUGUAAACGUCACACUGUCGGUCAAACUUGGCAAUAGGGAUGCAUAUAUUCUUGUCCGUCCUUGGCAUCCAAAAUCGCUCGAAACGCAGACCGAGAGCGAUGACGAUGCUGUUUGGAACUUGCUGGAGCAGCUGGGACAGCCGUUCAUCGCACUUCUCCUGAAGAGGUUACCUCACAACGAGUACAAGAGAAUUGCAAGCGAUUGCGAGAUUACCGCUUGCGUUCAAGACCUGGCCAGUACCUUAGAUACUGAAGUGCUGAUACCGGAGAUUGUGUAAAUCGUACUCGUCAUGCACUCUCCUACUACGGCCCGUCGUAUUUCUGUUAUUCAUGUUCCCUUUUGAUAUCCGCACCGGCAGUGCAUUUUAUUACCCAAACGCACGACGCACGAGGAAAUGGUCGUCCGUAUCGCGGAGGCUAUCGUCCAGAGAAUCUACUUAAGUGCGUAUGGGGUGUGUCAUCGAUCACGCUCA